GUGUCCGUGUGUGUGAGAACAAACCACUGUGAUUUAUACACCCCUCUGCCUGCUCCCCGUGCCCCUCCCUCUCGCCCCGUCUAGCCCCUUGUUCUUCGUGUUCUCCCUCUUUCUUCGCUCUUCCCCCAGUCUCCCUCACUCUCCUCCCGGGAUCCGCUUCACUCCGCCGCGCGGGUUUCACUGAGCGCCGCUGGAAACAAUGGGAGCGGAGCCGCGUUGUGCCGGACAGAGACUGACGCGCUCCUCUCUGUGUAAUUAGGACUUUCUGCUGAUAGACUCAUAUAAUCAGGAUCUCAUUAUCAAGCUUUAACACAAUGGGCUGCUGCAGCGGACGGUGCACCCUUAUAUUUCUGUGCACGUUUCAGUUGAUGGUGGCAUUAGAGAGGCAGGUGUUUGAUUUCUUGGGCUACCAAUGGGCACCUAUCCUUGCAAACUUCUUCCACAUCCUGGUUGUUAUCCUGGGCCUUUUCGGCACCAUUCAAUACAGACCUCGCUAUAUUGUGGUGUAUACUGUGUGGACAGCGCUGUGGGUGGCCUGGAAUGUCUUUAUCGUUUGCUUCUACCUGGAGGUUGGAGGUCUAUCAAAGGACAGCGAUCUCUUGACCUUUAACAUCUCGGCACACCACUCCUGGUGGAGCGAGCACGGGCCAGGCUGUGUCCGAAGAGAGAUCCCCGCCAGCGGAGACCGCAGUGCAGACGCACAGUCCUAUAUAUCCAUCAUGGGCUGCCUGCUGGAGUAUCAGUACAUAGAGGUCCUGCACAGCAGCUUCCAAAUCCUAAUCUCUCUGCUGGGUUUCAUAUACGCCUGCUACGUCAUCAGUGUCAUCACAGAGGAGGAGGACAGCUUUGAUUUUAUUGGUGGAUUUGAGCCAUUCCCACUCUACCAUGUCAAUGAGAAACCAUCUCAUCUUCUGUUAAAGCCUGUGCAUCAGCCUUCGUAAAUGAAAGAGUGUUGUGAAGAAGAGCCGCUCUGUCCAUUCCUCCUCUCUGCUCUUCACCUCAUCACCUUUAAAACACUUCCCAUCCAUCCUAAAUCAGCCCUUUCUGGAGCUCUGGAGGAUUGUCUCUCUGAUUCCCAGGUCUGGACAAAACACAGUUGCUCCAUCCAGCUGCCUCAUUUAGACCCUCUUAUUCAAGUGGCUGUGAAACAUAUCUAAACACAAAGGUCCAGUAUUAUGUUUGUGUGGUGUGUGGUCCAUGCGUUUGAGUUCAUCAAGGGGAGAUGUUGAUGUUCACCGUGUUCCCGCUCUGUGUUUGUGUUGAGGGACAUUGUGCGCCGUUUACGUUCACACAGGAUUUGCACAGUAAAACUGAGGAGGGAGCCGAGAGCAGGAAAAUAAGACAAAGCAAGCUGACCUCCUGUGGCAGUCCAAAAAUAGAAGCAAAGGAAGCAUAAAAAAUAAAUAGAGCUUGUUUUAUGUCAUCGUGUGAUGUAUAACUCUCAUGAUUCAAUGUCAAAUUCAGUUUUAGUCUGUUUUUUCUUCUAGUUUUAAGUCUAAAGUCUUGAUUUAUAUGCAGUGAAUCCCAAAUCACUGUAUUUAGACACUCAAAUCACACUAAACAAUGUAUAAAAGUGAUUACAUUAGAUCAAUUAUACAUCUGGCUGAAAAAAUCACACAAGGCAGAAGUGGUUCGUUUGUUUUCAGAUGCUUACUGGUUUGAUUUGGAUCUAAUGUAGUGAAAUUUGUGCAUUUUAAGUGUGACUUGAGUGUUUUGGGGUCACUGUGCAUGCCGUGAGUAUUUUUACUGUUCAUAAUCAUCAUUUAUUUCACAAUGUGUUUGUAUCGAGCAGAAACCAGUUUGGGCUUCCUCUGCUAGUCAGUCAGAACUGGCAGUGCUGUUUUCAUAAUUAAUAUUAUAAUAGGACUGGCUGAUGUUAUGAAAGAGAAAACGCUUCUUUCAUCUGAAUGGCGCUUGUAAUCAAAUACUAGUUUGUGAGCAAAUCGUCAGCAUGUCCUUAUGUGAAUGAGUAACGGUCGAGUGGCGGUCGAUGUCUUUCACUGUAGAUGCAGAGCUACUGUAACGGUUUACUGGAAACAUAAACCCCGAAGCACAAAUGACUGACCUGACAUGUAUCAUAGCGUGUAUGACAAGAGAGGGACUGUCUAUUUCUUUCCAAAUUGAGAUGUGAAGGCCAAAGGUCAGUAGUCAAAUAGUUACUUGUAAUCCCAGAUGUUUCAUAUCAUGAGACUUGUAUGUACUGUAUUGGCAGCAUUUCGGAUGCUAGUGGCCUGAUGGUAAAGGAACCGAGCAUAUUGUCAUCUUAAAGGAACAGUUCACCCAACGCUAUCUCACGACCAGUUCGUAUGUAUUUUACGAGGUGGCUUAUUCGUACGAAUUUGUACGACCUCACUCGUUCGAUUUCAUACGAUUUGUCUAAACCCCAGUGAUGGUUAGGUUUAGGGGCAGGGUUAGGUGUAGGUCAUUCGUACAAAUUCAUAUGAAUUGUGCAACUCGUAAAAUACUUACAAUUUGGCAACAAUCGUAUGAAUUUUUACGAGUGUGGUCGUACGAAUAAGCCACCUUGUGAAAAAUUGUACGAAUUGCCGUGAGAUCGGGUUGGUUCACCCUUGCUCUUGCCUAUUUUCCCCUUGGAAUGCAAAAGGAGAACUUUUGAAGAAUGCGCAUGUUGCUCUUUUCCAUACAAUUAAAAAGGUCGAGCAAAGCAUUCGUCAGAAGUCAUACAAUAGCUUUGAGCUUUUGUUGUAUGGAAAGCAGCAUAAACAUUCUCCAGCAUGUCUUCUUUUGUAUUCUACAUAAGUAAAUUAACAGUUUUAUAAUGAUAUGAUGGUGAGGGAAAAUAAAAUGUGAUAAUGAUAAUUUUCAUUUUUAGGCUAAAUACUCCUUUAAAAAUAGUAAGGGUUCGGGGACGUUUUAGCAAAGUACUGUGAGGUCCUCAUAUUGGUCAUGAAUCUAUCCUGCCCCCUAGUGUUCAAUGUCCUUCUUCUCAACUCCAUGGACCAGGAAAACUGCCUUUUCCACCACUCUCUGAUUCUUAUGUACAUUUGUAAUUGUAGUAUUUAGAAUAUUCAAUAUAGGACAGCAAUGAUAGACUACUGCGUAAAUGUCAUAAGGAGAAAAAGAAUGAUAUAGAUUUCUAUCAGACCUCUCCUCUCAUCUCAUGUCUCUUUUUACUGGUGUUUUUUGUAAGCACUUUUCUGUGUUUGGUCUCUUCUCCAUAGUUCUUCAUUGACUGCCUGUCCAUCAACAUGUGUUUGCUGACCAGAGUGUAAAUAGAUGUUUGUUAAUAAAAGUAUGCUUUCCAUGUAUUGAUUACACAA